AAACUACAAAUCCCCCCACACCACCAACGGGUAAAAACUACAAAUCCCCCCACACCACCAACGGGUAAAAACUACAAAUCCCUCAUGUUCGAAAUGGUGUUCAAUGCAGUUUGAAAGUUAGUAAAACAAAGUAUGAACUCCCAGCAUGCCUUGCUGUCGUCACGCAGGAGCCUGGAGACGAUCUUUGAGGAGCCGAGGGAGAAGGAUGGAGCGCUGCUCCUGAUUGGCCAGCAGAGGAGGCGCAGGCUCCUCCUCUUCCCUGACUUCACUCAGCCCAGGAAGAGGAAGAGGCUGCAAGGGGCCGGACUUCCUGUCCCCAUGGCGCCCAGGAAACGGGCGGUGGCUCGGCGACACUGUCACGGCGGCAGCCGCGGCGAAGACGACUCGGACCUGGACGUGAUGCUGGUGGAACGACUGAGCGCGCUCGAAGACUUCCUGACACGGCAGGGCCUCGACGUGUGAGAACUGACAUCACUUCCUGUCAGCUGAAUAAAGGCCAAAUAAACAGAGCUGCUAGCGUGCCCGCUACGUUACCGUGGUAACGCCACGGGGGUAUUUUUUUGCAGUGUACUUAAUGUUUUUUGUUUGAUUUUUUUACAGUGUAGGCUGCAUAAUGUGAAUUUACCGAAAUAUUUAAUAGUUUUUUUACAGUGUGGAUGAUGUAGAACAGGUGGAGCUGAGGCCACGCCCACAGCAGGGCACAGGUGGAGCUGAGGCCACGCCCACAGCAGGGCACAGGUGGAGCUGAGGCCAUGCCCACAGCAGGGCACAGGUGGAGCUGAGGCCACGCCCACAGCAGGGCACAGGUGGCUGGUUUUAUUUUUGUUAUUAAAAUAUCAAAAGACUUCACUGUAGUACUGCCUGAGUACUGUGUAGUAUUCUGUGAAGUAUUUAGAGUUUUUAA